GCGCCCUCUCGAUGCCAAGAUCAGGACUUUACAAAAUGGCAGCCGCCAUGUACCGGCAUUUGAUGUGUGGUCGAUGCUUUCAUCGCCACAGUUUCAUGGUUUUACCGGCAUCAUCAUUCCUUGGAAAUUUGUCGAGCAGAAAGGCGAGUCAUUAUGGGUCUAUUGUGUCAACUUCCCUACCAGAUGUCGAUUCCGAAAUAGAACGAGUAUCUAAGCAAUCUAUGCGGGGUAAAGCCAUGCGUUUAAUGCAGGACAAACUUAGACGACGAGAGCCAUUACCGCAACCACGAGAGUCAAGAAUGCAAGAAGACCAGGACUGGAGCAAUGUGUAUCCCACUGCUGCACCCUUCAAGUGGUCAGCAGUCCCUCUACCAAUCAGGAUGGGCUACCCAGUCAAGAGAGGAAUCCCACCUCAUAAAUACGGCAAUGCUGAACUACUCAAGAUUCCCAACUUUCUACAUUUGACACCACCUGCAAUCAAGAAACACUGUGCAGAACUUAAAGAAUUGUGCACCGAGUGGCCAGAAGGUCUUGAGACCCAUGCGGAUUGUCAGAGACAUUUUCCUGUCGAGGUCGAGACGUCAGAUUAUGUAUUCAGCGGACUUUCCCUUAGACAUCCUGAUGCAAGAGUUGUCACAUUGAAGGUUAAACUGGCAGACUUGCCGUUAGACAAACACGCUCGCUGGAAGUUGAUACAACUAGCUGGAACAAAAUACAACAAGAAGACCAAAACACUGACGCUGGUGACAGAUAGGUGUCCAGUUAAGAAGCAGAACUACGACUAUGCAAUGUACCUGUUCACUGUUUUAUUCCAUGAAGCUUGGAUAACAGAGCCAUGGGAGACUGAUAUUACAGAAGACGACAUGGAAGAAUAUGUCUGGGAUCUCAGCCAAUCACGACGCUCGGCCAUCACUACACUCGCAAGAAUAGAGAAUAAGAAUAAUUUGGCUGGAGACGUAAGCCCAGAGGAAGAGUUGAAGUAUUUGAAAUCUCCCGAGAUCUCAAGGUAUCGAGAUGCUGUGACCACUCUCAAGAACACCGAGGAGACUCACAAUACCCUCGAGGAAUACAAAGCAUCUGUUAUGAACUUAUUCAAGAUGACUCAAGAAGUUAAUGUGGACACAGCAUCGUGAUUACAGAGACCAAGAAGUCGGUAUCGUCGGUGGUUAUACUCGUUUUGAUUUUUACAUCGGUGAUGAGUCUUGCAUUGGAUGUCUCAAGCAGAAGCUUAUGUAGCGCCCUCGUUGGGUGUACAGAAAGGAUACUCAUUUCAACCGUUUGAUCUCAUCAAUGGCAGUCUAUGUAAAGGCUGGACCACAAUAGACUAGUUCUCAAAAUGUCCGAACUCGUCCUAAAAAAAAUCUUUAAAUGGGUUUAGUCUUGCUCAAACUCAAAGCUUUUGCCAGAAAAAGCCUAAAAUUUUAUCCUAGUCAGUUAACUUUUGGUAAUGCCUGUGAAUGAAAUUAACGUGCUACAAGCUGACCACACCAUGAUCUAAUUACGGCAAUUCCGUUCAUAGUACGUCCUCAUUGUAAGUAUGUUGCGACUACGUGUAAUUGCAGGACGGGAUGGUUGCCAAUAUUUUUGAGCUGGCUCAUCUUAAACGAACACUUUUUUCAUUCAAACCCGUCUGAGCCUGUCCAUGAUGUUGCUACUACCUCCACUCCGUGAAAACCAAAGAUCGACUUUCAAUUUGAUAAAGCUGUUAACACAUGAACAAAGAUUGUCACCUUAAUUGAUUUGUUUGUGAGGUUUGGAUCAAUCCUCAGCUUCGGCUGAAUCACCAGCCUUGGCUAUAGCUGAACCACUUGAGCCAUAGCCAAACCUCACAGCCAUUAGCAAAUGUAAUUCUCCUUGCAUUAUGCAGGAAUCAAAACUUAACUGUUAAAUAAAAAAACAUCAAAGUACAAUAAUGUAAACUUGUAUGCUCAUUGCAUGUUUUUUUUUUCUUUUUUCAACUACAUGUAUAAUUAUCAAUAAGUUGUUAGUAUUACCUGAUAAAUCAAUAAGAGUAUUUCAAUCAUCAAUAACAAAUACAUGUAUCCAAUAAUGGAAACACCUACCCUCUUCUUGUUAGUCAUGCUUUAUUUCAUGCGGUUAAGUUCCAUGAGUCAAGUUUUAAGUUCGAUAUUGCGUUCGUCAGCCCCCAGGUGCAUGACCAGGGAAGCUAAUCGAACGCACCCAUUAUUUUUCAAGGCAAACUCUUCUCUCACCCCUUGGCCCACCCAUCCUUCUCCACCCCAGGAGAAACCAAGUUCGUCCACGGGAUAUUUUGACUUGGGAUAGUUUAUGAGAUUUACAUCUCUGAAAAGUCUUACUCUUUCAUGUGCCAACUGAGCGGUUUAAAUCCCUUUAGAAAAAUAGUUGUAGAACAAAACAUAACCAUUGCACAACCAGAAAGAGAACUCUUGAGAGUGGUAUAUUAUAAUAAUCAUGACAAUAAUAAUAAUUUGGGGGCUAAUCAUCCUUACUGUAGCUAAGAGCUGAAUUGCGAAGGACGCAGCUACAACGUG